GGCAGUUCCUCUUCGCCCGCGGCCGCGACUGCACCAGCCGCACCGCCUCCGCCGCUAGCCGCAGCACCCUCACCAGCAGCUACGCGAGUCCGGCGUGAAGCAUGGUGGCGUCCACGGGGCCCCCGCUGCUCGCGGCCGAGUCCCGCGCGGACGACGCCGGCCUGCCGACGCUGCACUUGGACUGCGCGCCGGAGACCGUCGGCUGGGGCUCGUGGCUGGGGCUGGCGCUGAUGUCCCGGACGGGCCAACGCUUGUCGGCGCUGGCGCUGCGACUGCUGCUGGCGCUCUGCCGCCCGUUCCUCGCCCUGCGGAGGCGGACGCGCCCCCAUCGCCCGCUGCCGCCGCUCGCCGCCCCGCUGCUGGAGCGCUCUGCGCUCGACCUCGCGCGCCUCAUCCGCACGCGCCAGGUGCGCAGCGAGGAGGUGGUGCGGGCGUUCGCUGAGCGCGCGCGCGCCGUCGACCCGCUCCUCAACGCGGUGGUGGACGAGCGCUUCGACGCCGCGCUGCAGGAGGCGCGCGCCGCCGACGCCCUG